AUACUCCGCUGCAUCUAUGACAUGCAGACAGUUCAAAAUAGUCUGGCACGUGCUCGAGACAGAGGUUGUCGUACAGUGUACUUUUACGCCUUACUUGCGCUCGUAACAUCACUGAUGAUCGAUAUAUUACGUUACAUCUUGGUGAACGUUACUACAGGACUUAAUAGCUUGUCUCAUUCUUUUUCCUACGUGAAUUAGAAUGACAAGUAAAAAAGCACACGCCCUUCGAAUUGAAUCAGAAAUCGAUAAAAACCGUGAAGAGGGAAAUUGGAAAAAGGUUAUAGAACUAGCGGAACACUUGAAAGUACAAUAUCCAAGCAAUGAAUGUUUAGCAAACUUUUUAUCCGGCGAAGGCAGAUUAGAAAGCUUUUUAGAACAAACUCUACCUAUAGACGCCAACAUUGGAAAAGCAAGAAAUGGGUUAGUGGAAACUAGGAAGUAUUUGCUGCUCGCAGCAAAUGAAAAAGAUAAACAGGCUUUAGUUGUGUUAGAUGCACAUUUAUUACUUGGAAAAGUGCACUAUGCAAUGGGAAUGUAUGAAGAGGCCCUGAACCAUUAUAAAGAAGCUGAAUUGCACACUCUUACAGAAAAACAUUUACCUUGUCGAAGUCUUCGUAUUAUUGCAGAAUCAUAUGCAAUUAAAGGUCUUUGCCUGGAAAGAUUACCACCAAAUUCCAAAUCAAAGUACAAAAUAGCAGAAUGGCAAGAACAGAUCAUCAAGUGUUACGAAAUCGCUGGGGACCUGACAUUAGUAUAUUUACAAGAACAAGACAAAUUUGCAAUGCAGCAUCAAAACGGCACGUCUACCAUAAAUAGUAACAAUACAGGUACAUAUUCUUCUCACUCUUCAUAUGGCUCUACAAAACAUAUUGGACCAAUUUUGGAAACUGCUCUGCAGAGGGCACCCGUAUUGUAUGUUCAAACUGGAAAUAUUCAAGCUGCUAUAAAUCGUUACAGGGAAAUUUUAUCCGCAAUGGAGUCUACUGCGACUCAAAGUCUUCGAGUCACUUUAACGAGGCAGUUGGCGGAAGUGUUAAUUCGAGGAAUAAGCGGUGCCGAAUACAAAUCACCAGAAGCUCCAAGUGAAACAACAGAGUCACCAUGGAAGCCAAAGAAAUACUCAGGCCCUAAUAUGUUUGUGCCGAGGAAUGAAUAUGAGGAAACCAUUUUAUUGUUAUUAAUUAGUGAAGCCAUGGCAGUUAGAGAUGCUGUGUUAAGUCAAUCUCCAGAAUUUAAAGAUGCAAGAAUACAUGCUUUUGAGAAUGCUACUGCAGUAUACGAUCUCCUUACAGUCGUUGUUAUGAGGUGGAGUCAAGUGGAAUUAUUAUACGAGUCUUUUGAAAGAGCAAUGAAAUUUUCGCACGAAGAGGCACAUGUAUGGACACAGUGUGCGUUGUGUUUAAUUAGUAUGGGCAGAUAUAUGCAUGCAUAUAGGGUCUUAAAAGUGGUAGCAAGGUUAUCGCCACAGAAAGUAAUGCCCUGUCUGUUAGCUGCAAGAUUAUGUUAUGAACAGUUAAACAUGAUAAAAGAAGGUAUUGAAUGGAGUCAAAAAGCACUUCAAAGAGAAACUGCAAGUUCACAAGGGAUGCAAUCUAGAUGUCAUCUUUAUAUAGGAAUCGGUCAUAGUAUUCUUUCUGCAAAUACUAUAGUAAAAUUGGACAAGACUAAUCAUACCAAAACAGCUUUGGAGUGUUUCCAAAAGGCACAACAAUGUGAUCCAAAUGAUCAUUUAGCUGAGUAUUAUUUGGCUCAUGAGUACGCUAUUAACAGGCAAAUUAACGACGCAAUGAUUCAUGUAAAAAUUGCAUUGAAUCUUCGAGCAGAACACAUUCCAUCGUUGCAUUUAUUGAUAUUAUUAUUAUCAGCUCAUAAACAGUAUUCAGAAGCAUUACAUUUAAUCAACAGCGUAUUAGAGGAAUAUCCGGAUAACUUAAAUUUCCUUUAUGUGAAAGCACAUCUCGAAUUACGAAGUAGUGGUGGCGAGCAAGCUUUGUUUACCAUAAGACAUAUGCUUUUGCUUUGGAAAAAUCUGUACGAGGAUCAGACUAAUGUUAAUUGCAACGAACAGCAUAGCGAAAAACGCAGUGAAACCAGAAGUGUUUUUCAACUGUACGCUUCUGAAAUGUCUGAUAAAGAUUCCAGUUCUCUGCAUGCACAGUCACUAGCUGCUUCAAGAGUGGAGCAAGCUCUUUCUGAGGUUGCAUCUUCACUUAGCUCGUUUACCCCAAAACCAGGACCACAAAGAGCAUGGCUAUUGCAAUUACAGGUCUGGCUGUUACUCACAGAGGUAUAUCUGGUGUUAGAUCAACCAAAUGGUGCUGUUCUUUCUUUACAAGAAGCUACUAAUAUUUUUCCAUUGAGUCAUCACAUUAUGUAUACGAGGGGUCUCUUACACGAAUAUAAAUUAGAAUAUAUGGAGGCAAAACAAUGUUAUCAAAAUGCAGUUUCGAUCAACCCAUCGCAUAUAAAGAGUUUACAACAUCUGGGUCUAAUUUAUCAUUAUUUGGGAAGUCAGAGGUUGGCAGAAAAAACUCUAAGAGAUGCAGCAAAAAUCGAUCCAAAUUCUCAUCAAACAUGGUAUAAUUUAGGGAAGGUGUUGGAAUCUUUAGGCGAAGUGGAAGCGGCAAGUGAUUGUAUGGCUACAGCACUUGAAGUAGAAACUACAAAUCCUAUAUUACCAAUUCUCUCUAUACCCGUAACUUUUGAAUGAUUAGAAAUGUUAAUUCAAGAAAAGAUCACAAUUUAUUCUGCAAGAUUGGCAUUUUAUUGCCCUUGUGGUAAUAGUACCUGCUUAUCUCUAUUGUUGCUUUGUUAAAAUUACUGUAUAAACAAAUGAAUUUAUUAAGAAAUAUUACAACUGUACAAAUAAUCUAACAAACAUCACUGUAAUAAGUUCUAAUAAAGGAACAACUGCGGAU